AUGGAGCUAUACAGCGAGUCAAUCGAGAAUGCUGUCGCCUCCUGGAAGACCGUUCAAGGGCUGCCAGACUACAAGACCCUUGUAGGCGAAUUGCUAUUCCGAGCGAUAUUCACUAUAUCACCAGGUGCCAUCAAUAUGUUCGGAUUCGGAGAAGGUGUAGACUGCUAUCAUCUUCCCGAAACACUGUUCAAGCUUCCAGCUUUUCAAAAUCAUACCAAUGCCGUUGUUACAAUGUUAGAAAAAGCGCUCGAGAUGAUGCUGGGAAAGAAUAUGGAGUCUUUGGCCGAAGCACUGAGUACUCUUGGUGAACAGCAUGUUACCUAUGGGAUUCAACCACCUCACUACAUAAUUGUUGAGUCGGCGUUGGUUAGAACUCUAGAGCUAGGGUUGGGGACGAGCUUCACGAACUCUUUAAGAAAAGAUUGGGAAGCUGUGUUUAGAUUCAUAUCCAGAACCAUGAUGAUGGGUGCCGAAAGUCGUGUUCAGAUUGUGAAAUCAACACGAAGAAGUGCAGAGAACAAGAAGGUUGCAACAAUACGACUCAAUGCUAUAUCACCGGGAAGACGAAGCAAGGUCCUCACGCGGAACAGUCGGACUAGUUGUGCUCGAUUUGAAGGAGAACCCAAGCGUCGAUAUGCUCGAAGAGGAAGUGACCCUCCACAACAGCCAUCUAGGGAAGGCACCUUCCCCCGUUCACAUAGUUUAUCUGAACUGCCGGCCUAUGAGCAUUUCGCUUUGGAUGACGUGACUAUAGAUGCAACGGCGGAAACAAGAACCAUGACUCUCCCAGAACACGAUGAGCCUCUGGAUACAAGAGGAAUGACUCUCCCAGAGCACGACGAGCCUCUUGAUCCCGAGGCUUACUGGGCAUGGGGGACCGACUCCAAUGUGCUGCCGCCGAAGAUGCCACCUCGUGCAGUAUCUCCACCCAGAUCGUCGUCCAAAAGGCCAGUGCUGAUUCGGUACAACUCUUUCGAUUCUGUGAGCACAUUGGGAUCCGGCGACUCUGCACCCGCUAUCACACCUGCGCAAGUGCCACGCAGAAAGCCGCAGCGAUCGCCGUCCACAAAGGCGCUUCUUCGGAACACCUCGUUCGACUCGUUGAGCACGAUGGCAGCCGUAGAUUUCGCACCAGUUUUCCCAAAGCGAGCAAGCUCACCACCAAGAACCUCAAGGCGAAUGUGGUCUUCAUAG